CUCAUCCUUCAAACUUACACCAACCGCAAAUAUCCAUCUCAUCCUCCGUCUGCGUGCACUGACUGCCGAACAUGCGCAAGGGCAAAUUUAAAGUGUUCAUCAAAAGCGAGGGGCGUGAACUGUCUGAAUACCAAGUGGAAGCCGUCGACGACAAGACAGUGGCUUGCUACAUCCCGAGUGAGGUCGGAAAGACAUUCGAAAUAUGCUGGCGCGGCGACACGCGAGGUGACAGCCACAUCACGUCUGUGAGAUGCCAUGUCGACGGCCGCAAUGCGGGUGGAAAGCCCUCUCAGCCAGGACUAGUGAAGAACCGUCGUUGGGGCGUGAGGGUGGCUACGGACCAGCGGAGUCCGUUUGUAUUUGCAUCGUUAGCUCUGACUGACGACGAUACCUCAAUCAUGGGUUCUGAAGCGCACCCCGACCUAGGCACUAUCGACGUGACGCUUGCUCAUGUCAUUCAUGUUGGGAACAUGCCGAUUCGGGACACGUCCAAUGAGUUCACGGCUCUGACGGUACAUGAAAGAAGCAAGAAGAUGGGGACGCAAUGUGUGUCGCUGGAUGAGGCUCGUCGCUGCGACCUAUCGACAUUCUGGAAACAAAGCAAGCUCGUCGACGAAAAUAUCCCCUUCUAUGCGCGCUUCAUAUUCCGGUACCGUUUUAAGGAUUACCUUCAGGCUGAAGGUAUUAUGCCUUUGAACGGAAGCUCUGGUAGUGGCAAUGCAGAACAACCAUACAUAAUGCGAGAACGAAUACGCGUUGACUACUCGAUAGCGGGGUCAAGCCGCAAAAAAAGGAGAACCGAUGUCCUUGCUGCACCCUCAGCCCCUCAGGCAGACGUCAGGUCACCCGCAACUCGGCUUACGGAGGAUGAAGAUGUGGUUGCAAUCCAGAAUGAGCUCGACUCAGUCCAACAGCGGGCUCAAAUCCUCCAGAGCAAGUUGCGAACCAUCCAGAGAUCCGGCUCAUCUCGGAGGGUCAAGAGGGAGCAACAAGAUCCGAACGAGGAUGUCGUUGACCUGACUCGCGGCAACGUCAAGAGGGAGCGCUCUCCCACCAGUCUUCAGUCUAAUGGUGGUGUGAUUGACUUGACUCUAGACGAUGAUUGAUGUACUUUUAUUGGAAGUUAUUCAUUAUUCUCUAUGUUUAUUCAACUUGAACCGUCAUACGACAAACAGUGACUAGCUGCUUAUCAAUUGGUCCAGGACUAUGUGCCGUGGCAUUGAUAGGCCAUGAUAGCUGGUGCGCGAUAUUGUAUUUGUACCGAGCUCGCUGUAUCAACAUCUGAAGGCCAAUUUCCAUUCAUACGCUCACAUACACAGCAUGACUUAGUAAUAUAUCACAGAGCGCAACACUACAAUGUCACGUCCGGC